UUUGCUGUUGGUCGAGUUCACGUAGGGAUUAACUCAAUAUGCCGCCGUGUAACUGCUGGGGAGCAAUGCGUUGUGUAUAUUUUGAAGACAAGAAUAAUUUUAUCAGGUGGAUAUUCACAGAGAUUCUCGCCUGCAGUAUUAUCACGAUUUUUACUGUUGCUCGGCUCUCGCAAGGUGCAGAACUUAGAAAAGCAGAUAUACUCUUCUUCGCUUUCGCCAUUGGAGCGUGUAUGGUCGCCAUCCUCAUCACCAUUGCCUGUCGUCUAACUGUCCGGAGAUGUACCAUUAAGAGGAACCACGGAAGCUUGCAAGGUACCUGGUGUUGCUGUGAUAACAAUGUAAACAGUCGAGUUAAAUUUGUCAGCCAGAAAAUGGGUUCUGAUUGCGCAAUUUGUUUAGAGGAGCAAAACGUGAUGGUUAAGCCAGUCGUUGAAAUAACAUGCAGACACACGUACCACCAGUCUUGCAUCAGUAAAUACUUCGAGAUUGACAAGACAGCCAACUGUCCUCAAUGUCGACGACCUCUGGGACAAUUCUCAACUACAGAGAGAUUCGUCGCCUUUAUCCAGUCACUUCUUAAGAAGAAGACAAAAGAGAGAACACUCAAUGCUGAGGCAACAACAUGUCAAUCAUCAGAAAAGAAGAAUUCGCUAGAGACACCAUAUUUUCCAGAGUGUAGCGGCUACACUCGUCCUCCUCCAGAAGCAGUUGUUUGAUGACGUUAACUAGACAUACCCGAUGCUUAAGAACGUUUUACAGCGUUGAUGCUUUGGUGCAGAUUUUAAACUGGGAUGUUUUGUUGCCAUGGCGAGGGUUGAUUAUACCAGAAAAUACUUUGCUUUUAAUAGGAACACAAAAGAUCUUGUGUAUUCUAGCGACUACACAUUCGUAAAAUAAUUUACUGUUGAUAACGUUCCUCUUUUCUAAUCGUUUCAUUUACACAAUGCAUUUCAGAUUCAUGCUUUUCUUUAAUGAUUUUUUUAUAUGUUAAUACAAAACUCAAGUGGAUGUGGGUUGAACCUUUUUACGUUUUUCUUCUUAACUAAUUUAGAAGUUUCUUUUAAUGUCUGAAAUGAAACAAUAUGUACAAAAUUAUCUGGACAGAUGAACCAUGGUUAUUUAUCCUUUAUAUACAACACAAUGGGUUGUGCAAUACAUGUGUGUAUGGUUGAUCGGUCAAUGUUGGUGAAGUGGAGAUUUGCGCAUACUUUUAACUCGGAUUAUAUUUUUAUUUUGACUUUGCAAAGACAUUUGAUCACAAAGGCAGAGCACUCGAAAAGUGUAUUCAGACAGGGCAAAUUUAACAGGAGAUAAUACAUCAGUUACGUCGAUUGAUUUUCUCAAAUUAAGUGUACUGGCUAUAAAUAUAUUGAAAAACAUUUGUGAAAAUAAAUGUUCUCGAAAAUUAACAUAUCUGCAGUAUUUGAUCAUCAAGGAAACUGUGUCGUACAAAUGUGUUUAUCUGUGUUUAAAUUUGAUAUACGGACAAAAUUCUAUAUAUUCCGUGAUAAAGAGUUGUUCGUGUUUGGUGGUAUAACGUUGAUAUACAUAUCGAUUUGGUCCACAAACAAAGUUGACGUUUUGUCAAUUACUCUUGACCUUAAUCUGAACAUUCAUUGUGGGUAGGCUGGAAACAAAGCUAGCAAAUAGGCUAAAUAUAUGUCGUUCUCUUAAACCGGGUAUGCAUCGGUCAUUUUCAAGUGAUGUGUUGGAUUCUGAUAUCAUAAGACAAGUGUUUUGGUUCGAAUCCGUCAAUUCGACUAAAAAAAAAUUCUGUUUCAAUAAACGGAGACAGUAAGAUUGUUUUGAAAUGUAAAGGGCUAUUUUUAUCUCAUUUUAAAACUGGUGACAUCUUUGUUUUUAAAUCAGCAUGUAUUGCUGUUAGGUUUAGUUAGGUGAUAGUAAAUUAAAUUGAACACAAUUCGUUGGUUUGUUUAAAUAAACAAUGUCUUGAGUUUUUCUAGAGUUAAAUGUGUUCAUGAUUUAAAAGUGUACGGGUUUUUUUAAUUUGGAAAUAAGUUCAUGCUUUAAAGUUCAAAAUAUUUUUGUGUUCUGUGUAGGUGACAGAAAAAAUACUAAUAUCUCAUGUUUUUAAUUGUAUUGAUAAUUUGUUCCUUAUCGAGGUAGGAACAUUUAGGUUCCCUUCAGUUCUUUCGUUGGAGAAUUCUGUUUCCAACAUAUGUAUAACCUUAACAUCAAUUACAGAAGUAAACUCUCAAUACUCGAAUAAUCAUUUUAUUUAAAAAAAAAAUAAAAAAAAAUCAUAAUUUAUAUAUAUUUGAAAAAGUUAUUGAAUAUGAUAAGAAUGAGAAUGAAUCCGUUUCAAUUCUAUGUUAGCGCAGAUACGUAUAUCCUAUGGCUUUAUAUGUCUCUGGUUAGCUUUAAUUUUCUGAAUAAAAAUAUUUUCUCCUGCUAAGAUCUUAUUUUAAUGUUACGCAUGCCGGAGCAAGCAAGCAAACAUAAAAUAUGUUGAAAUGGAGUAUUUAUUAUUGCAUUAAAUGAAAGAGAACUGUCUCUUUAAAUAAAUGUCUAUUUAGUCUUAUUCUCAAGUUUUCCUGUCUAUUAAGAUGAAUAUGUAAGUGUAACAUCUCCACAUAAAGUUUAUAUCCAAUGUCCUGCUCCUGAAUAUUGUUAUACAUAUCUAUAUAACGGCGUGUCGGAUUGGAUUGUACAGCUCACAUGACGUGGAUAUAAAAAAAUGUUUCCCCGAUCAUGUUCCCCUUAUUCGGAUACUCUCUAGAGCAAAUGUGCAAGAGCCACCAAAACCGAAACCGACUGACUGUGGCAGACGGCAACAAUGGCACGUCAAACAGGCAAACCCUGAAACAUUCCAGGCCAUCUGCAUAGGAAAGAAAUCAAAAGAGCAAAUUUCAUCUUUCACUAUUGGAGAUCACCAAGUUACAUGUACAGAUAGCGUGACUUUGCUUGGGGUUGAAUUUGACAGUGAUCUAAAAUUUGAAAAUCAUAUAGCAAACUUAUGCAGGAAGGCUUCCAAACAACUAUGUAUACUCAAGAGAAUUGGAAAUCAUCUGACAAAAAAGGCAAAGUCACCAUUUUUAAAUCUUUUAUUUUAUCUAAUUUCAAUUUUUGUCCUCUUUCAUGGCAUUUUUGCAGUAUUAGAAAUACCAGAAAAAUCGAAAAGAUACAAGAAAGAGCUUUACGUUUUAUUGAUAAUGAUUAUAGCUCUUCUAUUAAAGAUCUUUUAGCUAGAAAUAAAUUAGAAUUUUUACAUAUAUGUAUGCUGAAAACCAUGGCCAAGGAAGUAUACAAGAUUUUAAAUAAUAUUGCUCCAGAAUUAUUAAAGAGUCUUAUCAACAAAAACCAAGUUUUAUAUAAUUUCAGGAAAGUUGAUCCUGUGACUAUACCAAGAGUAAAUUCUACCACAUAUGGUAAGAAAUCUUUUCGUUUUGAAGCCGCCCAGAUGUGGAAUAGCCUACCAAAUGAGAUUAGACAAGCAGAAAACUACAAGGUUUUCUGUAGGCUGUUGCACACCUGGGAAGGUGACCUCUGCCAGUGUUCUAUAUGUUCGUGACUUUCAUAUAUGUUCGUGACUUUCAUAUAUGUUCGUGACUUUCAUCUUAUUGAUCCCCCAUUUCUUUUUGAGACUUUUGCUUUUAUUUUGCUUUUUACAUUAUCUGAGUAUUUUAUUCCAUCAUUUUUCAAUAUAAAGUACCGUAGUAACCAUCUGUGAUAUAUUUGAAAUAUGUGCUUGCUAAAUCUGAUAUGUUUUUAUUUGUUUUAUGCUUAUGAUUUAUGCUUAUGUUAUAAUUAGUACUGUUCCUGCUUUUAACCUGCAUGUGCUAUCAUCAAACUGUUUUCUGAAUAUUUUAGUAGUUCAGUGUAUAUAGUUUUGCUGCAAAAUCCUACCUUUUCUACUAGCAUGCCUUUUACCUUGUUAUUUCUCUGUUUUUAUACUUAUUUGUCGUAAAAAUAGCUCCCCAGAGCUAAUGUUCAAUGUUAUGCCAUAUACGACACUAAAUAAAGCUUCUUGUAUCUUG